UUUGCCUCUGAUUCAGGCUUCGACAGCGGCAGCCUUGUGGGCGACGAAACCGACUCCCUCGCCUCCAACAUCCUCAACCACCGAAUAGAGAAUGGGCGACAGUACCACGCAUAUCGAGAUGGCGCAUAUUGGGGACCUAAUGACGAGCCCGCAAAGGAGAUACUCGACUUCGCACACCACAUGUACCUCCUCACCCUCGAUCAGAAACUACACCUAGCACCCAUACAAAAUCCCCAGCAAAUCCUCGACGUUGGCACAGGGACAGGCAUAUGGGCCAUCGACAUGGCUGAUCAAUAUCCCUCCGCAGCCGUCACCGGCACCGACCUCUCGCCCAUCCAGCCCGAAUGGGUACCGCCAAACUGUCGCUUUGAGAUCGACGACGUAUCGCUAGACUGGACAUUUCCAGAAGAUCACUUCGACUUCAUACACAUUCGCGAGCUAUUUGGGUGUAUACCAGACUGGGACUUUUUUUUCCAAGAAGCGUACAAGCACACAAAACCAGGUGGCUGGAUCGAAAUCGUAGAACACUCUGUGCAACCGAUUGCAGACGAUGGGACGAUGGGGCCAGAUCAUUUCUACCAUACAUGGGGUAAGACAGUGAUUGAGAUGGGCGAUCGAUUUGGCAAAAGCUUUACGAUAUGGGAAGAGGCGAAAGAGAGGAUGGAAAGAGCUGGGUUUGUCGAUGUUGUUGAGGUGGGGUAUAAAUGGCCCAUGAACGGUUGGAGCCAAGACAAGAAGAUGAAGAACAUUGGCAGGUGGAAUCAACUGCGGUUGCAUGAUGGGAUUGAGGGAUUUAUGUUGAGGUUGCUCACACAAGUCGGUGGUUGGAGCAUCUCGAGGGCACAGGUGCACCUGGCGCAAAUGCGAAAAGAGCUGAAGAGCUACAGGGCGCAUGCAUAUUUGCCAGGGACUGUUGUGUAUGGCAGAAAACCGCUG